AUGUGUGGAAUUUUUCUUAUACUUUCAAGAUUAAUUUCUAACCUUCCGCCACACAAGCUACACAAAGCAAUUACACUAGAAACUGAAAAUGAAUUAGCAAGAAGAGGCCCUGAUUUUCAAGGAAAACUUGAAAAAGAUGAUAUCAAGCUGUUAUCAAGCGUUCUUCACUUACGAGGAAAAUCAUUAGUAGAGCAGCCACAGUCAAAAGAUCAUAUAUGAUUUGCAUGGAAUGGAGAAGUUUUUGGAGCAAAUAUUUAUGGUAGCACAGAUUAUGAUCUUAAUGCAAAUGAUACUAUACAAAUUUUAGAUAAAUUGCUUACGAAUAACCCAUUGCAAGUAUUUUCUCAAAUAGAAGGCCCAUUUGCUUUUAUCGUUAUAGACUGAAUUGAAGAAGCUAUAUGAUUUGGUAGAGACUUCCUAGGAAGAAGAAGCCUUAUGAUAUACCAAGAAAAUAAUGUAUUACAAAUAGGCUCUAUAGGGUUAGGUGAAGAGGUCCCAACUGGAGGAAUUUUUAAAAUUUCAUUAAGGGAAAGCCGUUGUGAGCAUAUAGCUUGGCUUUAUCCUGGAUUAAAUUCACCAAGCUCUUUAAGGUUUUCUAAUGAAGAAAAUUUCGAUGAAAAAAUUUCAAAUGAAACUUUUGAAAGUAUUUUAUCAAAAAGUGUCCAAAAAAGAGUCAUAGGAUACGGAGACAUCGGAAUUUUAUUUUCUGGCGGAAUUGAUUCAACAAUUAUCGCAGCACUCGCCAAUCGUUUUCUUCCUGAAAAUUCCCCAAUCUAUCUUCUAAAUGUCGCUUUUACAAGUGAAGCUCCAGACAGAGAAACUGCUUUACAAAGUUACCAUGAGCUUCAAUCAGCCUGCCCAAGUCGAAAUUUUUUACUUAUCUGCAUCAAUGCUUCCCAAUCAGAUAUAGACGCCGCUCGAGACCAUAUAAUCCAACUGUUAGCUACAAAUGAUACAAGGAUGGAUUUCAGUAUAGGCACAGCUCUUUAUUUUGCUAGUAAAGGUGAAGGGAUUUUAGAAUCCACAGGCGAAUUUAUUAAUUUCCCAGGAAAAAUUUUAUUAAGUGGCUCAGGGGCUGACGAAAUUUUGGGAGGCUACUCACGCUAUAGGAGCAAUUUUUUGCAAUAUUUAGAAGAAGGAGUCAUUAGAGAAAUGAGCUUAGAUUUAGAUAGAAUUUGGCAUAGGAAUUUAGGAAGAGAUGAUAGAGUUACUGCUACGCAUGGAAGAGAACUGAGAUUUCCGUUUCUUGAUACUUAUUUGUGGAGGUUUCUAUCUAAAUUGCCGUUGAAAGAAGUGUGUAGAUUUGAUGUGCCGCAUAUGGAUAAGUGGAUAUUAAGGGAAUUAGCAAAAAAUAUUGGAAUUCCUAAUGCUGGGGUUUUGAAAAAAAGAGCUAUACAGUUUGGGACGAGGAUUGCACAACUUUGUAAUAUAGCAGAGUGUGGGUCAAAUAGAAAAGCAAAAGGAUGGAUUGGGAUCGAAAAUGAUAGGCAAAGUCAAUUGGAAAGUGAAGUUGAAUGGGCAAGUUUAAGGCUUAUUUUGAAAUAUUUAGAAAAUAGUACUGAAGAUUUAGAAAGAAGUAUCAAAAAGCUGUUAAGCCCAGAUAUUAAAAGUAAAGAAAAACGACACAUUAUGAGAGUAUAUCUUGGAGAUUAUAUACAAAUUAUGAAAGAAAUUUCAAUUGAAAGUACAGUUUUUCAAAUUAGAAAUUAUGAUAUAGCAAAUCUUCCAAAUUUUGGUGUUAAUUUGGAAAAAUAUAAUUAG